UCCCUCUCUCUCUCUCCCCCUAUUGUAGCCAUGCAUCUGUUUGGUCUGAACUGGCAGCUGCAGGAGACAGAGGGCUACACCUUUGAGAACGGUCAGGGGAAAUCAGAUACCACACCCAACACCAUCACCGCACUGUCUGCUGAUAACGGUAAACUAGGGGUGUUCCUCCAGGAGAACAACACCAUAGACACGGGGGAGGUGGACGUGGGGCGCAGGGCCGUUCAGGAAGUCCCACCAGGGAUCUUCUGGCGCUCCCAGCUCUACAUUGACCAGCCUCAGUUCCUCAAGUUCAACAUCUCAGUGCAGAGGGAUGCGUUGGUGGGGGUCUACGGCAGGAAGGGCCUGCCCCCCUCACAUACACAGUAUGACUUUGUGGAGCUGCUGGAUGGCAGUCGGCUGAUCACCAAGGAGAAGCGCGGGCUGGUGGAGGUGGAGGGCGUGUCUAGGCGGGCGCGCUCGGUGAGCGUGCACGAAGCGGGCUUCAUCCAGUACCUGGACUCUGGCAUCUGGCACAUGGCCUUCUACAACGACGGGAAGAACUCAGAACAGGUCUCCUACAACACCAUCGUCAUAGAGUCCGUUAUGGAGUGUCCCCACAAUUGCCAUGGCAACGGCGACUGUCUGUCUGGAACGUGUCAUUGCUUCCCAGGGUUCCUUGGGCCUGAUUGCUCAAGAGCUUCGUGCCCCGUGCUGUGCAGUGGUAACGGCCAGUACUCCAGGGGUCGCUGCCUGUGCUUCAGUGGCUGGAAGGGGACAGAGUGUGACGUGCCCAGCAACCAGUGUAUAGACAUCCACUGUGGGGGACACGGCAUCUGUAUCAUGGGCAUCUGUGCCUGCAACACCAGAUACAAGGGAGACAACUGUGAAGAAGUGGACUGCCUGGACCCUGGCUGUUCAGUCCAUGGUGUGUGUAUCCACGGGGAGUGCCACUGUAGCCCGGGCUGGGGGGGCACCAACUGUGAGACCCUCAAGACCAUGUGCCCCGACCAGUGCUCCGGCCACGGCACCUACCAGAGCGAAAGCGGCACCUGCACCUGCGACACCAACUGGACCGGCCCCGACUGCUCCGUCGAGGUGUGUGUGGUGGACUGCGGCUCCCACGGCGUGUGUUUCGGGGGCAGCUGUCGUUGUGAGGAGGGCUGGACGGGUACGGUCUGUGACCAGAAGUCCUGCCACCCUAUGUGCACUAAGAACGGAGUCUGCAAGGAGGGCAAGUGUGAGUGCAACCAGGGCUGGACCGGAGAGCACUGCAACAUCGCUCACAAUCCGGAUAUUAGAGUCAAAGAGGGCUGCCCAGGCCUGUGUAACAACAACGGCCGCUGUACCCUGGACCAGAACGGAUGGCACUGCGUCUGCCAGUCCGGGUGGCGUGGGGCGGGAUGCGACGUUGCCAUGGAGACCCUCUGCACCGACGGCAAGGAUAACGAAGGAGACGGCCUGGCUGACUGUAUGGACCCAGACUGUUGCCUCCAGACAUCCUGUCAGACCCAGCCGUACUGCCGCGGCUCCCCGGACCCCUCUGACAUCAUCAGUCAGAGCCCGUCCAGCCUGAUGCCCCAGCAUGCCGCACGCUCCUUCUACCAACGCAUCCGCUUCCUGGUUGGACCAGAGGGCAGCCACGUGAUCACCGGGGACAACCCCUUCAACAAGAGCCUGGUGUCCAUCAUCAGAGGCCAAGUCCUGACGGCAGACGGAACCCCCCUCAUAGGAGUCAAUGUUACCUUCGUCCACUACCCCGACCACGGAUACACCGUCACGCGCAAGGAUGGCAUGUAGGUCC